AAGAGACGAAAUAAGGGCAAAGGAGAAGGAAAAAAAAUACCAUGGAGGACGAUGAAGCUAAGCAGCGAAGCAUAGUUCGAGAAGAAGAUGAUUCUUACGAAAGAAGAGAAAGCGAUUUCCCAUCACAUCACCCUCCACCUCCUUCUGAUGAGUUGUUCGACAUUUCAACUACUGUUGAUCCUAGCUAUGUUAUUUCACUGAUAAGGAAACUUCUUCCAGUUCAUUCGGGCAGUGAGGAGCGACAUAACCAUCAUACGAAUGCUGAUAAUGUGGUUCAAGGUGAUGUAGCUGGAUCUGGAAAUGGGGUUAUUGACACUUCCAAUGGUGAUCCACAGAGCAUGGACAUUGGAGGUUACAAUAACGAAUCCACUUCCGAGGGGAAGGAGACGGUGAGUUCAUGUCGGGAUCCGGGAAUAGUAGGCGGGUCAUCAGUGGAAGAAGCAUGGGAAGAUCAUGGUUGUGUUUUGUGGGAUCUUGCUGCCAGUAGAACUCAUGCUGAGCUAAUGGUACAUAACCUAAUUUUAGAAGUGCUUCAUGCAAACCUAAUGGUUUCAGAAUCUACCCGCAUUCGAGAAAUCUGUCUCGGGAUUAUUGGGAACCUUGCUUGCCAUGAAGGUCUAUUGCAACAUAUAGAGUCUACAGCCGGACUCGUCAAUUUACUUGUGGGACAAUUGUUUCUUGAUGAUACCCAAUGCCUAAGUGAAGUUUGUAGGAUACUCACUACAGGUCUCUCUGGGACUGGGCGUACUUUCUGGGCUGAGUGUUUGCAGUCUGAGGAUAUACUUCGCCGUAUUAUGUGGAUUGCGGAAAAUACCUUGAAUCCUCAUCUUAUUGAAAAGAGUGUAGGGUUAUUGUUAGGUAUCAUAGAAGGUCAACCAGAGAUUGGGCAACUAUUGAUCCCUCCACUUAUGACUCUGGGUUUGACGAGUCUCUUGAUUAAUCUUCUUUCCUUUGAAAUGAGCAAGUUGACGAAAGAAAGAAUUCCAGAAAGGUACCCCAUCCUUGAAAUUAUUCUCCGAGCUAUUGAAGCCCUCUCUGCUUCAGAUAACCAUUCUAAAGAGAUUUGCUCUAGCAAAGAACUAUUUCAGCUAGUUUGUGAUCUUAUGAAACUUCAGGACAAAGCUGAGGUGGCAACAUCAUGUGUUACUGCUGGAGUUUUGAUCGCAAAUAUGCUGUCGGAAACAGUCGAUUUUAUUCCUGAAGUUUCGGAAGAUUUUUCUUUCUUGGAAGGUUUAUUCAGUACUUUACCAUUUGCUUCGGAUGACUUAGAAGCAAGAAGAGCAAUUUGGAAUGUUAUUGCGAGGUUACUUGCCAGAGUUAAUGGGUCUGAGACAAACACUUUCUGUCUGAGUCACUACAUAUUGGUUUUGUUAAGCAACUCGGAUAUUAUUGAAGAUGAUCUUCUUGAUACCCAACUAGAAGAUUCAAACGAGGAGUUCCAAAACACACUCCCUUCCCAGUUGAUGUCUAGUGUGCGAACCAUUGCUAUACAGAAGAUUGAGUCGCUAUUAAACAUUUGGAAUACUCGCAAGGAGAAUCUACAAGAGGAAAGCGUAACUGGGGGCUGCUCUAUAAACAAAGCUGGUUGUAAAAGGCUAUUGGAUUGCUGUCAGAGAUAUAUCAGAUCGAUUGAAGGAUCUUAAUUCGUGGAGAAUCUUCCCAUAGCCACUCAAGGCAUAACAUUACACAUUAGGUUUCAAGCUCUAAGAAAUCGCCGACUCAGUGGAAUUUUUUGAUAGAUAUAUGCAGGUUAGAACUUGCCUGUCUAUCUCAUAUCCAUAGAUUACUUAGGACACAGUCUGGUUAAUUGUACACAAGAAAGAGAUGUGCAGCCAAAAAAAAAAACUCAAAUUUUAAAAGCCAGAAGUCUAUCUUCCGACACAAAUCUCGAUUCAGUUUUUAAAUUCAAACAACACA